GAAGCCAGUCUUUCCCAGCGUUCCUCGUUCCCAUUAGGGUUUCGCUAUCGCUCCGAACUCCUGAGCAUCGUCGUAAUUCCAUGCCGUAUCAGUGUUGUUUGUCUGUUGUCGUCUGCUUGCAUUAUUCAAUAGUGUAGCCGUUUCCAAGCUGGUUCUCCCGAUAUCUCCACCAAGCCAUUUGGUGAAAGUAUGACAACGGCAGAGGUUGUGGAUGCUGUGGACUUCGAGCCUGAGGAAGACGAUCUCCUGGACGAAGAUGUGGCUAUGGAGGAUCUCGAGACGCCUGCCGCUCCUGCACCAAAGCUGAGGUCUACUAUCAGCACGGGUGGGGCUGGGGGCGGGAGUCGCGUGGGUGGAGGUGGAAGUGCCGCUGCUGUUGAUGGUCGUAAGACCAAGGGGCGAGGCUUUCGGGACGAAGCGGACGCCGAUCGCUCUCACCGGUACACUGAAAAGGAAUUCGAAUCACUUGACGGGAGUGGCGGACCCGGUCCUCAGCGUUCUGUGGAGGGUUGGAUUAUUCUGGUGACUGGUGUUCAUGAAGAGGCUCAGGAGGACGAUCUCCACGAGUCCUUCUCUGAGUUCGGAGAGAUCAAGAACUUGCAUCUCAAUCUUGACAGGAGGACUGGAUUUGUCAAGGGCUAUGCAUUGAUUGAAUAUGAAACGAAAAAGGAGGCUCAGGGAGCAAUUGACAACAUGAAUGGAAAACAGUUGCUAACUCAAACCAUAUCUGUGAACUGGGCCUUCAGUAGUGGCCCACUUCAUCGUCGUAAUGUUCGAAGAAGAUCUCCUCGAGGUGGUCACAGGUCCCGCAGCCCUACACGAAGACGGUUUUGAGUUCCAGGUAGAUGUUCAUGGCAUGAAAGGUUAACUCUACUUCGGAACUGUUGAUUCCAACAUGGGGUUAUGCGAAGGAAGUCAGUUAUCAAUUACCAUUCAAGUAACGUGAUAGGAACAUUCAUUUCUAGGUGAAGGACACCUGUUUGUAAAUCGAUUCUCAGCCUUACAACGCUGCUUUUGAAUAUGUCUUUUUAUACUGUGAAAGAAUCAUUGAUGGUGUAUUUUGUGUAA